AUGAAGCUGACCAACACUGAUCCGUCGCAGACCAAACUGAAGGUCCAGCUCAAGCUCGCAAUCGCGCGACUGCGAAUGGUCCAGCAGCGCGAUGAACAAUUGGGCAAGUCUCAGCAGCGGGCAAUGGCCCAACUUCUCGAAGCUGGCAAGAUCGAUUCCGCCACCAUUCGCGUCGAGAACAUCAUCCGCUCCGAUAUCACAACCGAGCUCCACGAAAUGUUGGAGCUCUACUGCGAACUACUGCUUGCCCGUGCGGGACUAAUGGAAAGCUCCGUGUGCGAUCCCGGCCUAGAGGAAGCCAUCAAGAGUAUCAUCUAUGCUGCGCCAAAGACGGAAAUCAAGGAACUCGCGACAGUUAGACAGCUCCUCGGGGAGAAGUACGGCAAGGACUUUGUGCUCACAGCCAUGGAUAACUCGGAUGGCAAGGUGAAUGAAAAGGUUGUCAAGAAACUAAGUGUCGAGCCGCCAAAGCAGGAACUCGUACAAGGAUACUUGGAAGAGAUUGCGAGAGCGUAUGGUGUUGAUUGGCCAAAGAGGGAGAAAGUCACGCCUCCGCCGGAGCUUAUUGAUGGUUUCGAUGAGGGGGGCGACGAGGAUAAUCAGUCGGGAGGCCAGAAGAUACCAGCGGAGCAGUCAGCGACUGGGAGGAAGCUGUCCAAGGGGGAGGAGGAGCUGAACAAGGCGACCCCGCCGCAAGGUUUUGCUGGUCCUAGGAGUCCGGUGACGGUUACGCCGCCAAGGAGGACGACGGAGAAUGUGCAUCCCAAGGUGACACUGGGGUCGGUCGAGCUGAAGCCGAAUAAGAGGAUGGAGGCGGCGGCCAGUAGAAAGGAACCCGAGGGGGCGGUGCCCGACAUAAGUGAUUUGGAGAGGAGGUUCGCAGCUUUGAAGAAGAGGUGA